CGGCAAAACUGUGAUGGAGUACUUUACCAUUAUGCAAGGUUUCAUUGAUGAUCUAAUCACCAUUGGACAUCCUCUUCCAGAUGGACAAAUCAUGUCCUACAUUCUUACUGGGUUUGGCUCAGAAUUUAAAGAAACAACAGGAGCAUUGCGUGUACUAGAAACCCCACUUCCCUUUGCGUCUCUGCGUAGUCACUUUCUCCAUGCCGAAAUGUUAGCCGCCGGUGAUAUCUCUGACACAUCUAUCACAGCAAAUUACACCCAAAGGCGUGGUUCAAAUAACAACUAUCGUGGUCGAGGGGAUCGUGGUCGUGGUGGACGUGGUCGCUCUCGACAGAAUACUGGAGUCUUCUCUUAUCAAAAUGGAUCCUCCUUCAAUUCUCAACGAAUCAUUUGUCAGUUGUGUGACAAAGACGGCCAUACUGCUCGUCAAUGCUACUCCAUGCGUGCACCUUCACCCACGGCACACGUAGCUGAUGGGUCUCACACUUCCGGCAACAAUGCUAACUGGCUACUGGACACUGGUGCAACUCAUCAUAUUACUUCUGAUUUAAACAACCUGGCAAUCCAUUCUGACUACAAUGGUAGUGACUCGGUUAUGAUGGGUAACGGCAAUGGUGUUCCAAUUUCACAUACUGGAACCACUGGAUCUAAAGACAGGGGCAUCCUUGGCGCAAGGCCGGAGUAAAAAUAAUCUUUAUACAUGGUCCCCUUCACCACCCAGUGCAGCUCUCGCCACUUCUCAAUUAUGGCAUGAAAGACUUGGACACCCAGCCGCCUCUACUCAAAAUAAAGUCCUUUCCACACAUAAAAUAAAG